AUGUUGGGAUUACCUGCUGGUGAGGCAUAUGAUAAGGCUACAGUCAGUGAUGUUCAUACGGAAAUUUGUUGUCAUGAUACUGCAAGUUCUUCGGAGAACAUUCUCAAGACUACUGCACCUCAACAGACUAUUCAGAUUCUUACUCCAACUACAAAUAUCAAUACUUCGCAGCCUUCGUCGUUGGGUGGUGCAGAGAAUUUUACGGAUGAAAAUAAUGAUGUUAUGGGAAAUGAUGAGAAUAAUGAUGUUUACGUUGAAAUUAUGAAACCUGAAUCGGCACCUUCACUUCUCGAUGAUGCGAGUGAAUCAGAUCAGGAGAAUGUGAAUCAACCAGUUACAAGGAAUGACUAUAGAGCUUUGAAAUGUAAGCUUAAUAUGUCUGUUCGCCAUGUAGAAGCUUUUUCCAAAAACAACGUUUAG